UUCAAAACAAUUUGUCCUGGAAAUGUCCUGGAAUUUCAUCUCACUUAAGGUGUACGAACCCUGUAGUUAUCCUAGAGGUCUGGGCCAGAUCUAAGAAUGCCUGAAAGUUUUAUGGAGAUCAUAGUUUGGAAAGUAGGCUCUAAUGCAGUAACAAGAGGGAAAAAUGAAAUGGCUGUCAAACUUGUACAAAUGAGAAAAUGAAUAAAUUAAAGGGUUUUAAAAUAUCUAUGAGGCAUACCCAAAAACUCCUGAAAGUUUCAUAGUGAUAAAUAAUUAGAAAGUUGGAACUUUUUAUAGCAUAUAUAUAGCAAGUGUAUAGCUUCAUAGGAUAUACAAAGCUUGAAGGACAAUAGUAUCUAGCAAACUUAGAACUUUGUAUGAUAUAUCUAUUUAUAGGUUCAUUGGAUUUAUUGAUUGUAAAACUUCAAGAUGUUUAGUAAAUUUAGAGCAUCAUAUGAUAUAGCAACUCAAUAGCUUUAGACCCUGAAGUUAAACUACAUGGAUAUAAGGUGGCAAAAGUACCACAGAAUUGUAUUAGUUACAAAUGUGUAGACAAGCCAAAUUUGUUCUUGUUCUGGGAUUUGGAAAUCAUGACUUCAGUGGACAAAUAUAGUGCUGUUUUGUGAAAUGUGGAAGUUUUAUAUAACCACACAUCAUUGUAUUUAUUGAGAAAAUUUUGAAAUUUUAAGAAAAAUGCUAUUGUACUAAACUGUUUUGUAUAUACCUAGGAUUAAAAUUGUUUCUGAAGUUCAAGUUUGAUGUUAGUAUAAGAACUUAGAAAAGUUUAUACAUUCAAAUGCUACUGUAGUCUGUCAGUAAGUAGCCAACAAAUAGCUUUAAUUCUACAGAAAAAAGUGUAUCAAGUAGUUAAAACUGAAAACUAGCAGCCGCCAAACCUGAAAUUACAAAAUAGUUUUCAGUUCAUUAGAUAUUAAGGACAGUUUGGCAGUAAUCUUGAGCUAUGCCAAUCAUCAAGUUGAGAAUCCAGUUGUAAUUUUUUUGGAUAUGCCAGAUAUAAUAUUUUAAUUAUAAAAAUUUUAAGGGUGAAACAUUGUAUACUGGGAAGUAAGAAAUUUUUCUGAAGAAAGAAAAAAAAAAGUGAAAUAAGGUAUUUAACAGUCUAACUCUCAUUUGAUGGGCAGAUGCUUUAAGGAAAUGUGGGAGGGGGGAGAUUUGUUUCAAAAUUUUUCUAUAGCAGCAAGUGUUACACAAAAUAAAUUUGUAUAGUGGCUGGAAAAAAUUUAAUAGCACUGCAACAGCAUAUUGUUAACAUGCUGUCUCAAGUAUGUAUAAUCCAAAAAGAAAGUAAUGCCCCUAACUGCUUGACUCUUGAGAAAAAAUUAUUUAUAUUCUGUGAAAAAUAUUUUAAUGCAAUAUGUUGUUUUAAUAUGAAUUCAUAACUUUGAAAAUGUUACUCUACAGUGCCCUUCCUGUCUAGGCUUACUCACUCAAUUUUUUUUAUAUCAAAAGUAUAUCUUCACCUUCCUAACAAGAAAAGGGUGUAAUUUAAGCCACAUCAUUAAAAAUUUGAUUUUGUACUUAGAAAUGUUAUCAUCAAACUGAAUAAGAUUAGCUUUUUGAUUUUAUCAUCUCUUCUAAUAUUGAGCAAAUUAACUUAAUAAAAUAAUAAUUAGCAAUGUAUGGGUUUAAGGCAAAUAAACAAAUAUAGUGUUAAAAAAUCCUAACCCAAAUUCUGAUUUGCAGUAAUGUAAACAAAAAUUCAUAAAAAUUACACUUCACAAACUUAAUUCAGUUUGUAACAAAACAUUUUUUGUCAAAACAAUUUGAUAAUAUAAUCAGCAUCUCAACCACUGCUCUGUCUGUUGUAUCCUAGCUGAUCUGAAGAGCCCUGGUUUUUGGCAAAAGGCUUCCCUGGAACUGGAUAUAACAGAUAUAGUUUGGUUAACAUACUAUUAUAUGCUCUUCUUUACUUUCGCUUGCAAGUUCUUAUUAAUAAUUACUUAUGAACUUUACAAAGAGAAUCGUACAAAUUAUGGAUAUUUUGAAAAAAAUAUAUGACAUUGCAUGCUUGCUAUAAUAAAAAUUGCAUUGCAGUUUCUGCAAUGCAUUGAUAAGAUUGAAUUGCAAAUAGGGCCAAUUUGGAUUGCAAAAUGUGAUACCAGACAAAUUAUUCUCUGGAUAUUAAUAUACCACAUGUACCAGUUUUCAUUGAUUAUUCAGGAUGGAAUUUGAAGGGACUUUUAAGCUGUAGCAGUCAGACUGAAAAGCUUAGAUUUUAUUUACUACCUUUUUUUUUUUUUAUUCUUGAAAGUACAAAUUUUAAAUGUUUUAACUACAGAGCUUUUAAAUAUAACACCAGGUGGGAUUCAAACCUACCCUUGGAACCACAAGCAAUAUACACAGUACUCUUAAUGUUCUACACUCAACUCUUGAUUAACAUAUAACUGUCAAUGCUCAUGCCAUAAACCAGAAUGGUCUCUGAAAGGAUUUGUUUACUACUUAGAUUUCAGAAUGUUUGAAUUGGUCAUUAUUUUUAAAUAUACAAAUCUAACAUAUAUCAAAAUAUGGCUAUCUUAUAAAUGUAUGAAAUAUAUCUUUGAUUUGUCUCUUUUUGUAGUUUUUCACAUUUGAACAGUAUAAAAAAAUGUUUUUGUUUGGAGCUACUAGUCCAACUCCUGUGACAUUUACACUUGCAGGGCUCUGUGCUGGCUUGACAGAAGGCAUUGUAAUAAAUCCUUUUGAGGUAGUGAAAGUGAAACUACAAGCUGACAGACAAAGACUUUCAGUACAACCCAGCAGUUUUGCUGUUGCCAGAAGCAUUCUACAUACAAAGGGAAUGGGACUUGAAGGGUUGAACAAAGGGCUAACUGCUACACUUGGAAGACAUGGGGUUUUUAACAUGGUGUACUUCAGUUUCUAUUUCAACAUGAAAGGUCUUGUACCUGAAGUAGAGGACCAAACGCUAGAUGUUUUAAGGCGCUUUGCAAUUGGCUUGGUUGCAGGAAUAUUGGCAUCAACCAUUAAUAUUCCAUUUGAUGUUGCAAAAAGUCGAAUACAAGGACCUCAGCCAGUACUUGGUGAAGUGAAGUACAGAAAAUGCUUUGCAAGUAUUAAAACUGUGUAUAUGGAAGAAGGAUUUUUUGCAUUAUACAAAGGACUGUUACCUAAAGUGUUAAGGCUUGGGCCAGGUGGAGCGGUGAUGUUACUUGUGUAUGAGCAUGUGUAUGAGUUUCUGCAGAAGAAAUUUGGACCAUGACCAGUUGUGGUGCAAUGGACAGAAUAUUUCACUUUAUGCCAAUUAAACUGGUCUUAUAUCCGCCCAACAGUAUUGAAUAUUUGCUCAGUUUUCUAUACAAGCAACUACUGACAAUGUUAUAUACCAAAGAAAAUUAUAUUUACUGCUACACAUUAGUUUUUAUUUUAGUAAAUAAUUAUCAAUUAACUACUGUUCAAAUAGUUAA